GAGGCACGUCGAAAGUCAGAGAACGGGAACACGGUGUGGGGUGGCGGGGUGGAGGGGGGUGGGUUACACAGGGAGGGAAAGGGGACGAGUCUUUCAGCUCCUCUAGAGGGUUGGAAUUCCUCCCGAGCUGUUCCCCCCAUUUGGCAGGCACUUGUGAAAACAAUUCCCCAGCUUUUAGUCACUCUGCAGAUCCAAUUGCCAUUUCCACUUUGGAGGGAACGAGAGUGAGAGGCAAUCCAGAUAGACAGAACACAGAGAGAGAAAGAGAGAAGAGUUUUAAUCGGGUUGGACAGAUGCCGAGGCCAGUUGAGCGGUUGUGCGAUAUUAAUAUCUUAUGAAGGCAGUCUGGCAGAGCAAGCUCACCGUCUUGUGUGGUUUUGUGUUUGUGUGUUGCAGCAGCGGCCAUUGCAGUGGCUAAAUGAAGGACUUGUGAACAUGCACGAGGGAAGGACUCUACCUUUCACUUCGGUGACUUCCCCAGAUGCUUUGGCCCAAAGAAAGAUGGAAAGGAAUGGGAAGAGAGAUGAAUAGGCGUAGUAAACAAACCUCCUGCUCUUCCAGACUUGAGCCAAGGCUGCUGCACAGCACCCAUUCAGUGAGCCAACAGGAGACCCUGCACAAGCCACAUCGCUGAACCUUUCUACCUUCCCUUUUGACCCGCCCUCCCUCUCCCUUCCCCCUGACCUCCUAACGUCAUGACCUCUGAGCUGGAGAGUAGCCUGACCUCAAUGGACUGGCUCCCCCAGCUCAGCAUGAGGGCAGCCAUCCAGAAGGCGGACACAGGGCACCACCACCACAGCCACCACCACGGACACCACCACCAUGGACACCAUCACGGGCACGGGCCUGGCAAGAAAAUCAUCCAUCUGGACCCAGGAACAACGCUGGACCAGGAGGAAGCUGCGCAGCACAGAGAUGGUAAACCACCCUACAGCUAUGCCAGUCUCAUCACCUUCGCCAUCAAUGGCUCGCCACGUAAACGGAUGACCCUCAGUGAGAUCUACCAGUGGAUCUGUGACAACUUCCCCUACUACCGAGAGGCAGGCAGCGGCUGGAAGAAUUCUAUACGACACAACCUGUCCUUGAACAAGUGUUUUCUAAAAGUGCCUCGCUCCAAAGACGACCCUGGAAAAGGUUCCUACUGGGCCAUAGAUACCAAUCCUAAAGAAGACACAGUACCCAGCAGGCCAAAGAAGAGACCACGAUCUGGAGAAAGGGCGUCUACCCCGUACAGCCUAGAGUCAGAGUCUCUGAGAAUGGACUGCAUCAUGUCAGGAGGGGCGUCUCCCACUCUGGCCAUCAACGCUGUAACCAACAAGGUAGCUCUGUACAACCCUGAGGCAGAAGGCAGUGAGAGUCCUGGGAGUCUGGGCGGCAGCCUGAGCAACAGUCUUUCAGAGCAGAGUUUGGCGUCCGUCAACCUUAACAACCUGAACACGGCCGUCAGCAGCGGCGGCAACGUCCACAGCUACACACCAGUGAGCAGCCACUCAGAGCCUUCAUCCCAGUCCCUGAGCCUUCAGCAGCCUGCCCAGCCUCUGCCGCCACCCCCUCCUCCCCCACAGCCCCAGUACGGCCUGCCCGUCCCAGAGUCACGGGACAAGCAGCUCUGUUUCUCAGACUUCGAGGACCUCAGCGCUUCUUUCCGCAGUCUUUACAAGUGCGUCUUUGAGCAGUCUUUCUCGCAGCAAGCAGGGUUGAUGGGUCUUCCCGGUGACUCCAGCCAGCAGGCCCGAACCGCCUGCUCUUACCAGCACUCUCCUGGCGCGGGGAGCAGCGGUGGACACCACCACCAACACAACCACGGCCAGGCGUCGCACCACCCCCACCACCCUCAGCAGCACCUCUCCCCUCACUCCACCCACAGCCAGCACCAGGCACACAGUCAGCACAGCCAGCACCCUGCACAUUCUCAGCAGCACCCAUCUCUCUCCCACCAGAGUCACACUGGACAGACCUGCCCUACAACAGACUGGUAUCCUAACCUGGACUGGCUGAAGGAGAGCUGCCGCAUUGCUACCAGCUACAACUGGGCUGAUGUAGACCUCUCCCCAUUUCAAGGUCUAAAGGAAAGUAUGCGGCAGGCUGAGCUCAACAACUGGUCGCUGGACGCCGCCCAGAUGGCUGACCUGUGUUCCUCCAUUAACCAGUUCUUCACAGCCACAGGGGUCAUACCCCCUCAGGGCGCCACCCACCCACAACCUCAGGUCCAACACCCGACACCACCAGGGGCACCACAACACCCGGCUCAGCCGCACGGGGCCAUGCACCCAAAGGCCAGCCAGCACAAUCAGCAUGGGCAGCACAACCAACAUAACCAACACAUCAGCACGGGGAACAUGUACAUGGACUCGAGACAGAACAUUUCCUCUCUGAUGGGCCCGCCAGGAUACCCCCACAUGCCUCCUUUGAGCAGCACGGCUCCCACCAUGACAGGUGACUCCUCCAUCGCUCUCUUAACAGGUCAUCACAGUCAGCUGAGCCAGCAGCAACAACAACACACGCUGCCUCCAGCACACUUCCAGGUGAGACGCAUGCUCGCUGCAGACGACAUCCAGGAUGACUUUGACUGGGACUCCAUUGUCUAAAAGAACAAAAAACGGAGCCAUCGGUGGAACAGAGAGAAGGAAACGAGAGCCUGGAAAUGAGAGUCACGGACACGUCAUGUGAUAACAGGUGAGGUAUGGAACUGGCCAACCUGCUCCUUUCACCAGUGUGAAAAAACAGAAGACAAUCCAACAGAAAACAAACAGAAAGUAACCUUUCUCUAAUUUUGCUGGCCUUUUUUUCUGGUACAAGUGGUUGAUGACUCUAAAGACAAUCAUUAUUUAAAAAAAAAAAAAAAAAACUUAAAUGGGAUUGGACCAAGCCAAGAUGUAAACACACAUCAUCCAAAGCAAAAGGACAUCUGAAGCUCUCUGAAUUGUCUCAUGUUGAUCCCCCCGCCCUCUCC